AUAGACUGAGAUCGUGUGACAGCAGCGUAACACUACAGAGAGAGAGCAUGAGCUGCCAUGAGAGCUACGCUGUCUCAAGGGCAAAUACAACGACCAGAGAAGGCAAACGGAUCGUAUUAGAGCUUUAAAGAUCAGGGAUUAACACGAGUGAAUUACAGGGACCCGAAUCAUUUGCCAGGAAUGGUGGAUCACUUGCUGCUUGAUGAAGAUACUUUUUUCUCUUACACUUCGCUGCCAACCCGCAACCCUUCGGAUAUGGUGACAGACAAAGGCGUGUAUCAUAUGCUUCCAUCUCCGUUCUCAGAGGACAACCUAAGUGACUCGUCCAGUCCGCGUUCCUGCUCCAGCCCCGAGUCUCAGCUUCUCGGCUCCAGUUGCGGGAGCAACUCGAGUGGAGAAAGUCAAGAUGGCCUUCUCGACUUCCUCCACUCUCAGUCUACUUUGAGCCAAAACUCCUUGACCACACUGUCUCCUAUGGUCCCUCCCGUCCUUCCCAUGGGUCUGUCUUGGGAGUCGCGACGGGACCGCACCACCAAAGAGGAGUGCUUCGAGUUUCCCGUUUUCCCCGGAGAUCUGGACGACCAUGCGGGGCUUCUCUUUCAGCCCACCCUUGAGGAAAUCGAGGAGUUCUUGGAAGAGAAUAUGGAAGUGAUGGCUUUGAAGGAAGAAGCCGGUGAGGGUCUCAUGACCAGUGCUAACAUCCAAGGAAUUGCAUCUGAACCUUGGCCCCAAAGCUCAGACCAAACGGUGCCUGUCUCAAGUGACAUAAUCACAGCCAACUCCGAGCCCAAAAGUGCACAAUCCUCAGUAGGAGCCUCCACGAAUCCUCAAAGAAAGGAGGAUUCGGCGGGGAAGGUCGUGGUGAUGGAGAAUCCCGGCAUGCCCGUGAUCCUACAGCUCCAGCCCAUUCAGGUUAAGCAGGAACCGAACCCUAAAACUGCACCGCAGCCUGCCUCGGACAUCAAAGUAACCCAGCUCCUAGUGAACAUCCAGGGUCAAACCUUCGCCUUGGUUCCACAAAUGAUCCCAACAGCCAGCCUUAACACCUCCUCAAAAUUUGUCCGUAUCGCCCCUGUGCCCAUUGCUGCCAAGCCUGCUGGUCUAGGGGAGAAUGGAAUGGGAGACGGCCAAGGCGGGGGGCUCGUUGUCGGUGGUCACAAAUUCCAGAAAAGCUCGGUAGCUGAUCUUAUUAAAAUGCACAAGUGCACUUUCCCUGGCUGUGCCAAGAUGUACACCAAGAGCAGCCACCUAAAGGCCCACUUGAGAAGACACACAGGCGAGAAACCGUUUGCGUGCACUUGGCCCGGUUGUGGUUGGAGAUUCUCCCGGUCUGAUGAGCUGUCACGACACCGCCGCUCUCACUCUGGAGUGAAGCCCUACCAGUGCCCCGUGUGUGAGAAGAAAUUUGCUCGCAGCGAUCACCUGUCCAAACACAUCAAAGUCCAUCGCUUUCCACGAAGCAACAGGACAGCACGAACCACACACUGACCUUACACAAACCCCCAGUCCCCGUCAUGGAGAGCGAGAUAGAGAGCUAGAACAAAAACGAGGGAUAAAGAUUCAUAUGUGGUACUGUGAUAAUUUAUUAAGUGAGGUUCGGAUGAACUGAAGAAGAGAACUGUUACUUGACUCGUCGGCCUCACAGAUGCGUCCUACCGUAGAGUGUAUUUUUGUAGCGUCCACGAUUGUUUUCUAUGUUUCGAGAACAAAUUUAGCGUAUUUUUUUGUACUUUUAAGGUAUGAAUUGUUGAUGUAUUUGCUGAUCAUCAACAUUCCUUGUUUAGUAUCGCGAUACGGUCGCUUUUUCGUGCCAACGUUAAUCUCCCGUAAACCAAAAAACUCGGGUUCGUUCGAACUACUGAUCAUUGGUAGGAUUGUGCCGUUAUAAGCUAUUGGCAAACAUAGAGGCUUCGUCUGUGUACUUGUAAACUGUGAAAUGCCUCUCGGUGAGACCAUAGAGCGAACCAGCGAAAGUCAAAUCUCGCACAAUUGUUUAUAUGUGAACCGGCCUUCUGAUCAGUAUUGAAAUCGAUUUCCUUUUCAAUUUUUUUGUUAGAUGCAAAACCUCGUUUUUCAUUUUUCAUCAAAGACUUCAUCUAAGAUACCUUCUGGGCCUUCGUGUAAUCGAAAUGUUUGCAGCUGGGGCCAAGACAUUUGCGGUUAGAAGAUAUUUUAACAGCAAAGCAAUGCAAAUUUCAUGUUUGACUUGUGACCUGAGGAAUCAAAUGAUCUGGUCAAUGCAUCUUCUGUUUGUGUAGGACUGAACUCUUCUCACCCACCUUCCUGCCUUUUUAACCUGGACUACUUCACAAACCGUCCGAACCGUGACACAAGCUUGAAUGACGAAAACUGGAAUUGCAAGGUGCUACAGUAACUGGCCAUGCAGGUCAAAUCCUCAUGCUUGGGAAAUGUAGUCUGGGAUCCAUCUGGAGUUCAAAGGAAACGUUCUUCAUGGGAAUUGUAGUCAUGGACACAGCUUGAGCUGAUAGGGCAUGCUGACCAUAUGUUCACUACAGGAAUGCAUAUAACUUAGUGGGGUGCUGAUACAAAGCACUAAUAUUGAACAAAAUGAUACGACGUCUUAUUUUGGAAGUGUGGAAUUGAAUAUGCAAUCUGUUCUAUGCAGUCUGUUAUGCCAAAACAAUAGCUGACAUGGAAACAUCUACAAUGUGAGUGCCUCAGGUGAUUCAUUGACUUACAUUUGCUCUUUGUACUGUGCAGACGUCGUGUACAACACACAGCUAACAGGCACAACAGAGUAUAGAUGCAUCCACAUUUAUAAACAUGGUUCAUAUACAACAGGAAAGCUGUUCGAAGAUCUAAUCAAGAUGUUGUGUAUGUUGAAGGUUCUUUAUGGACCAUACAGCCAGAUGAAUAACCUUUUAUGCAUUGCAAAAAAUGAUUUUCAAGAAAAAAAUCUUAGUUUUUUUGUCUUGUUUUCAGUAAAAAUAUCUAAAAAUUAUAAAGUUAAGAUGCUUUUUCUUGAUGAGCAAAACGACCCAAGAAAAUAAGUCUAGUUUUUAGACCAAAAAUAUCAAAUUUUGUGUAUAAAACAAUAAAAAAAAAUCUGCCAAUGUAGUAAGCAGAAAAAUCGUGAAAAUGUUUCUUAAAUACUAAAUUCAAGAAAAAUUCAAGAAAAAUUAGCAUUAGCAUAAAACAAGCAAAAAAAUCUGCCAAUGGGGUAAGCAAAAAAUCUUGAACAUUUUUCUUAAAUACUAAAUUCAAGAAUAAAAUCAAGAAAAAUUUGCAUUAGCAAUAAAACAAGCAAAAAAUCUGCCAAUGGGGUAAGCAAAAAAAUCUUGAACAUUUUUCUUAAAUACUAAAUUCAAGAAAAAAUAGUUUACCCCAUUGGCAGAUUUUUUUGCUUGUUUUAUGCACAAAAUCACUUAAAUUUUAUAUUUUUGGUCUAAAAACUAGACUUAUUUUCUUGGGUCAUUUUGCUCAUCAAGAUAAAGCAUCUUAAUUUAAGAAUUUUUAGAUACUUCUACUGAAAACAAGAAAAAAAUACUAACAAUUUUCUUUCUUGAAAAUCAUUUUUUGCAGUGUGAACCUUUAUUUUUAGAAGCACUGCAAAAAAUAAAACUUUCUUACUUAGUAUUUUUGUCUUGUUUUUAGUAAAAAUAUCUACAAAUUCUUAAGCUAAGAUGUAUUUUCUUGAUAAGCAAAAUGACCCAGGAAAAUAAGUCUAGUUUUUAGACAAUAAAUAUAAAAUUUAAGCAAUUUUUUGUCUUAAAACAAGCAAAACAUUUGCCAAUGGAAUGAGAAAAUUUUCUUGAAUUAAGUGUUUAUGAAAAAAGUAAACUUAUUUCAAGAAAAAUUUUCUUAUUCCAUUGGCAGAUUUUUUGCUUGUUUUAAGCACUAAUUUACUUAAAGUUUAUAUUUUAUGUCUAAAAACUAGACUUAUUUUCUUAGGUCAUUUUGCUCAUUAAGAAAAUAUUUUUUGCAGUGUAGUAUCAAUUUGCUAUCCAGCUCAAAACGUUUUACAAUUGUUGUGAUAUUGGAUCAGAUAUUCCAUUCUUAAACAUAAAGGUGCGUAAAAGGUUCUUCACAGUGAUGCCAUAGAAGAACCAUUUUGGUUCCUCAAAUAACCAAUCAGUCAAAGGAUCUUUAGGGGUGAUUCACAUAUCGCAUCUUUUGCAGGCUCAAGUUUUUUAUUUCAAAUGUAGGUGCGCAGGAUGCGCGCCAAUAGAAGCGAUGUGGUUGCGACGCUCACACGUUGCGCUCGUUUUUUCCAGGCGCAUUUGCACAACAUUAAGUUAAAAACAUUUCAACUUUUCAGAAUGUCGCAAGCGCACCACAGGUCAUUUGACAAGAACCUAGGUGCCUAGCGUUUUCUUACACAUUUCAGGCGCGACAUGUGAAAGGCCCCAUAAAUUUAAAUUUCUUUCAUACAUUUUUUUGAUCUAAAAAAAUCAUUUUGAAAGAAAAAGGGUCUUCCGAUGUUAAAGGUUCUUAAUGGAACCAUUCAGCCAAAAAUGGUUCUUUUAUGGCAUCGUGGAGCACCUUUAUUUUGAAGUGUGUAUAAAGUUUAAAGAAAUAAGAAGCACCAGGCCUCUGGCAAUUCAUCAGAGGACCAUGAUGAGUUUUAAUCCCUUUAAAUGAAAGAUAUUGUCCCACUCUCAGAAAAAAAUUACCAUUUUGGUAUAGAUAUGUACCUUUGUGGAACCAGUGUGUACCCAUAAGGUACCAAUGUGUACUUUUGAGGUACUAAUAUCCAACUUUUAGUGUACUUUUUGAAAAGGUACCGCCCCAGUGACUUUUGUAUCUUUUUGUACCUUAUUUUCUGAGAGUGCCAACAAUACAUUUAUGCAAUAAAAAUGGUUGUUUUGCUGCUGUUUGUGCCUGUUUAGCUUAGGUUCAUACCUAUACAUCAAAUGUCCCGUAUCUUUUGUCUUGUGUUUGAAAUGCUAUCAUAUCUCUCUGAACAUGCUUUUGUUGCGCUCUUAAUUUGAACCAUGCAAACAACAGAUGAUUGUUUUCUUAAGUUCAUUGCCCCACCCAUACAACGCAGUAAUAAUACACUCAACCAAUGCAUGUCAUUUAUGCUAAUGGCCAGCGUGCACCUCGUUCAGGUUCACGAUCGUCGUUCACGUACAGAUUAAUAAGCGAACAUGAAGUCCGAACGUUGCAUUCCUCACCGUCUGCAUGAUUUUUUUUGGGAAACAGGUGCUUAUGGCCACCAUUGAAUGUAUGUAUACUGUAUGUACAGACUUUGUACAAAAUGUUGUUGGAUCAGAGAGUUCCAGAUAUUCUUCUACUGACGUAUCUUGCGUCUUUGAUUGUAUAAAUGUCCCCUGUAAAAUGUAAACCAAUGUACAUAAUAACAAUUCAAUAUAUAUAUAUAUAUAAAUAUAUAAAUAUUAUAUAUUUUUCUUGAUAUACAUCAGAUGCAUUUACAAAUAAAGUAAAAAUAAGAAGCUG